GCUCGGACUCGGAGCGGAUCGGAGCGGCCGCGGUCGGGGCGUGUGGCUGCCGCUGCGCCUGCUAUUCUCCCGGCGAGCCCAGCGACGCCAGCCACACCCCGAGCGAGCGGGGGAGAGCGGGAGCGCGUGGACGCGGCGCCCGCCUCAGCCUGGGGGAUCGAGGGGGGCCGAGGCCUUCGGUCCCCGCGUGGCGCCGCCUCUCGUUCCGUUUCCCAGCCGCGUUCCAGGAGGCCGUGAGCGCGAGGGAUGGAGCACUGCUAUUUGAGGCAGCCGCUCUCGAGGGCUGAAGCCGUGCCCGAGAGGAGGUCCAGGUUCUGGCCGAUGGAUGUGCAGCCGACGCCCCGUGCCGAGGUCAUCUGCCCUCAGCCUCGCCGCGCCACCCGGAUUCCAUUUGCUGUGGAAACCGUGAACAAAGCCAGCCCCAGGACGAACAGUGCAUUCCCAUUGUACAGAUCAGACUCCACUUCUGAUAUACUUGAUCUUAUCCUCAGUAAGAAUGAGCCAGAUGGAGACUCGAGCAGCCAGGUGGGCUUUUUAUGUGGCUCGCCUCCCGUACGCACUAACAACCCUGUCAUCCAUGAUCCACAGUUUGGUAAAAGAGUACCAUCCUUUUCUCCUUUAGUGAGCCCCUACGGCAAAAUGCCAGCAGGAAGAGUUGAAGUAGGUUCUCCAUCUUGCGGGGCUAGAAGCAGCCCAAAAGUAAGAAUCGAAGGUUUCACUUGUGGGAACUCAGAGACCCACUAUGCACUUACCUUUGUCUGAGCAUUUAGUUGGUGUGUUCCUGAUUUUGCUUUCAAGACUGCCCUUCGCUCCUUGUGAAUCACAAUGGCAGUGCAGGAUAUAAGUAGUACCUUUAAGCUAGCCUGAUUAGAGUUGCCUUUGCCCUUCUAAUUGUGGCAUUUGAAGCUGCAAAGUCGCAGUGAGCUGUAAGAUGUAUAUAAACGAGGUCCCCGCAUAUGUAACCAUAUGAUGUAUGUGUCUAGUAAACAUAGUUGAAGUUCUGGUGUUUGAUGAUGAUGAGCAUGUGAAUAGAGCGGUUUUUGCAUUUGAAAGCAAGAUCCAAUAUGAAGGUUAUGAAUUUA